AAGAUCGCUUUUGCUUUAAAACGACGCCAGCGGGCGGUGACGUCACUGAGCGUCCCCUAGUAACCCUCGUCAGCGUCUCGGAAAACACCGGGAGGAAGAUGGGCUUGUUGUCAAUCCUAAGAAAACUAAAGAGUGCCCCAGACCAGGAGGUACGCAUUCUGCUUCUCGGAUUAGACAAUGGUGGAAAGACAACACUUCUCAAACAGCUCGCCUCUGAGGAUAUUAGUCACAUCACCCCAACACAGGGCUUUAACAUUAAGAGUGUGCAGUCUCAGGGCUUCAAACUGAAUGUCUGGGACAUUGGAGGCCAGAGGAAGAUAAGGCCUUACUGGAGAAACUACUUUGAAAAUACUGACGUGCUUAUUUAUGUCAUAGACAGUGCAGACAGGAAGCGGUUUGAGGAAACGGGGCAGGAGUUGGCUGAGCUGCUGGAUGAGGAGAAACUCAGUGGCGUACCCGUUAUGAUCUUUGCCAAUAAGCAAGACCUGCUGACUGCUGCUCCAGCCUCUGAGAUCGCAGAGGGACUGAACCUGCACACCAUUCGGGACCGCAUAUGGCAAAUUCAGUCCUGCUCUGCUCUGACAGGAGAGGGGGUACAGGAUGGCAUGAGCUGGGUCUGCAAGAACAUUACUGCAAAGAAGAAGCAGUGAAUCGAGUGUAUUUGUCUACAUCCGUUCAGGGAAUGUGAAAAGCAAACUUUGUGGACUGUGUAGAUUUCCUACCUGCAGCUUAAAGGGAUAUGAGAAGGUUCAGAGAGGCUUUUUUUUUAUUUUAUAUAUAUAUAUAUAUAUAUAUAUAUAUAUAUAUAUAUAUAUAUAUAUAUAUAUACACACAUGUAUGUAUAUAUGUAUAUGUAUAUAUGUAUAUGUAUAUAUAAAUAUGUAUAUAUAUAUAUGUAUAUGUGAACCACCUCAGCCACUGCCUCAAUUCCUCAGCCAUCAACUCAGUCUGACUCGCAUUUACUUCAUAAAAAAAGUGCAAUAGCAUUAUAUUCUGAAUUAAUCUGAUUUAUAAUGUACAAUCAACCAGUUAAUAAGUGUUUUUUGCAUUAUUAUUAUUAUUAUUUAGUCUGUGUGAUUUUGGAAUCUUUUUCAAUAUCUUGGAUAUCUAUGACUUCUUCCUUUUGAAAGGUUUUAUACUAUGCUAAACCUUUUUAGACCAUUGCAUAAAAAACAUUUCUUGCAUAGCCUGUGUUAUUUGACUGGCUUGAACAAAUGUGUUAUAAAAAGCCCCAAGUCCUUAGAUACUUUACUGUGGGAUGAGUGCUUGUAACAUGUUUAGCAACCUUUAGCAUCUGGCUGUGGCAGUGAAGAGGUUCUUUCUUGAGGACAUGAGAUUGAGAGCAUUAUAUUCACAUGAUGCCUUCUGUAAAAGUCAGAAGACUAAAGCACCAGAUGAACAGUGCAGAUGCUCUUGUCACAAACAGGAAAUCAAAAAAGAUGCUGUUUAGACCGCUUAAUAUUUUGGUGAUUGUGCUUCACAAGAUUAAAACACCUCUCUUAAACUCAUUUUAAGAGUUGUGUCUCUUUCCUUUAUUAUUUAAUCAGUAGUUUUUAGGAAUGUGCAAGGGAGUUUGCUGGAUGUUAUGAUGAACUGAUAAUUUUGUAUGUCUAUGAAGUGUAAAUUUAAUGGAGAAAGUCAAAUGAGUAAUUUCAAGAUUAAUAUGCGCAUUGACUAAAUUGAUUACUUUCAGGUAUGUCAGGGUUAAAAUCGUAUCCAAAAUAAAAGGUUAUGCUUACGUAAUACAUGUGUUUGUACUGUGUAUAUUUAUUAUGUAUAUAUAAAUAUAUAUUUCUUAAAUAUA